GCGGGGGGCCGGCCGGCCGCGCCCGGCUGCUGGCCGUGCUGCUGGCUGGGCUGCUCGGCGGGGCGCGGGGCUUCGGCGACGAGGAGGAGCGGCGCUGCGACGCCAUCCGCAUCGCCAUGUGCCAGAACCUGGGAUACAAUGUCACCAAGAUGCCCAACCUGGUGGGGCACGAGCUGCAGGCGGACGCGGAGCUGCAGCUCACCACCUUCACCCCCCUCAUCCAGUACGGCUGCUCCAGCCAGCUCCAGUUCUUCCUGUGUUCAGUCUACGUCCCAAUGUGCACAGAGAAGAUUAACAUCCCCAUAGGUCCCUGUGGUGGCAUGUGCCUCUCUGUCAAAAGAAGAUGUGAACCUGUUUUAAAAGAAUUUGGAUUUGCCUGGCCAGACAGCCUAAACUGCAGCAAAUUCCCACCCCAGAAUGAUCACAACCACAUGUGCAUGGAGGGCCCAGGAGAUGAAGAGGUUCCCCUUCACAGCAAGACCUCCUUGCAGCCUGGAGAAGAGUGCCACAGCAUGGGGUCUAACUCAGAUCAGUACAUUUGGGUGAAGCGAAGCUUGAACUGUGUCCUGAAAUGUGGCUACGAUGCUGGUCUCUACAGCAGGUCAGCUAAAGAAUUCACAGAUAUCUGGAUGGCUGUGUGGGCCAGUCUUUGCUUCAUCUCAACUGCCUUCACAGUCCUGACCUUCCUGAUUGAUUCAUCCAGAUUUUCCUACCCGGAGCGCCCAAUCAUAUUUUUGAGCAUGUGCUACAAUAUUUAUAGCAUUGCUUAUAUUGUGAGGCUAACUGUGGGCCGGGAAAGGAUAUCCUGUGAUUUUGAAGAGGCAGCAGAACCUGUUCUUAUCCAAGAAGGUCUUAAGAACACAGGAUGUGCUAUAAUUUUCUUGCUGAUGUACUUUUUCGGGAUGGCUAGCUCCAUCUGGUGGGUUAUUCUGACACUGACGUGGUUUCUGGCUGCAGGACUCAAGUGGGGCCACGAAGCUAUUGAAAUGCACAGCUCGUAUUUCCACAUUGCAGCCUGGGCUAUCCCGGCGGUAAAGACCAUCGUCAUUUUAAUUAUGAGACUAGUAGAUGCAGACGAGCUCACCGGCCUUUGCUAUGUUGGGAACCAGAACCUGGAUGCGCUGACAGGCUUUGUCGUCGCUCCGCUUUUUACCUACCUGGUCAUUGGGACUUUAUUCAUUGCAGCGGGACUCGUGGCCUUAUUUAAAAUCAGGUCUAAUCUCCAGAAAGAUGGAACUAAAACUGACAAACUGGAAAGACUAAUGGUCAAAAUUGGUGUCUUUUCAGUGCUGUACACCGUUCCAGCAACGUGUGUCAUCGCCUGUUAUUUCUAUGAAAUCUCCAACUGGGCCAUUUUCCGCUAUUCAGCAGAUGAUUCCAAUAUGGCAGUGGAGAUGCUCAAAAUUUUCAUGUCCCUUCUGGUGGGUAUUACAUCAGGUAUGUGGAUCUGGUCAGCCAAAACUCUGCACACGUGGCAGAAGUGCUCGAACAGACUGGUGAACUCAGGGAAAGUGAAACGGGAGAAGAGAGCAGAUGGUUGGGUGAAACCCGGAAAAGGGAACGAGACUGUGGUCUGAGAAAAAGAUGACACCCCAAUGGUCUGACUACUCUCCUGUGAAGGACUGAUGGUGUGUAAGCAUUGCCAUGUAAAUUUUGGGAAUAGAAUAGGGAGACGGUUACAAAACCUUUCUCUGGGGGAUUAAAAAAAAAAAAAAAAAGCCUUAAAGAAUAAACAGCAAAAAGAUCAUGCUGCA